AUGAAGGUUACAGUCCUGCUAUCGCUGCUGCUCUCCGUGGCAGUUUUCCUCGACGCAAACUUUGCCCGAGACCGGGAAAGCCUUCUGCUUGAUUUUUUGUCCCUAAGACACUGCAAACACGCGAUUAUUUUCGACUGCCUUUCGGGACAGCUGGAGCAGCAACAGAAGGAAGUCAUUUCGCAGCGGAAACUGGUGCUGCAAGCAGCUGGCACUAGGAGCAUAUCGGUGCGGUUCGUCGACAUCGGCUCACCGAUCCUGCAGCAGAACGUACCGGCCAUAUUUACCCCACGACAGUACGCCAAACCAUGCUGCGUGCUGGACUACCAGUGUCCGGGUGCAUCGGGUCUGCUGGAGGAAGUCUCCAAAUAUCGGCUCCUGAACAACACCUACAGCUGGCUGCUGCUGGCUGCGCGACCCACAACCGACCGGAGGGAAGUGCACCGGGUGCUUUGGAAUACGACCGGAAUCCAAAUGAACACGGAUCUGAUUACCGCCGAUGCGGCGAGCGACGGGGCCGUUAGUCUGUUCGAUAUCUAUUCGAAAGGGCGCCACCUCUGCAAAGACGUCUACCGGACGCUCUACGGGAGUUGGCGCAAGGGUGAAGGGUUUAGCUUGCUGGCGAACUACAGCCGGUAUAGGAUUCGGCAGAAUUUCAACUCCCUCCAACUGCGCGGCGUCACGGUGAUCGAUAGGGAAAAUGUGACAUCCGGGAUGGUGGAUCAGCUGCUGGCCGAACCGGGACUCAGCAAGGGUAUCGUGGCGUUCGUCAAGUACCACUACGCGCUGCUGGUUGUGUUGCGGGAUUUCCACAAUUUCACCAUCAAGUAUCGGCCGACGCGUGGCUGGGCUGGUCGGCUGCCAUCCGGCUACCGGUUGGGACUGCUGGGAGUGGUGCAACGCCGCGAAACGGACGUCGCCGCGACCGGCAUCAUCAUGCGGCUGAGCCGUCAACCGGAACUCGACUCCAUCCACUACAGCUGGGCGUUCGAAACUGGUUUCAUCUACAAAAUCACACCGGACAUCGGCAGCAAGUCGGAAGGAAACGGCUUCGUUGCUCCAUUUUCGCCGUCCGUGUGGAUCGCGUUUCUGGUGUCGCUCGCGCUGGCCGUGGCUGUGCUGAAGUAUCUGGCACGGUUCUCCGAACGAUGGCUGCGCGUGUGCGAGCCGCCUCGAGCCACCGUGGCGUACCUGGUCGAUGUGGUAUCCUGCGUGGCCCAGCAGGGGGUACCGUACGUGUCACGGCUGGUGCCGGCUCGCCUUGCCCUGAUCGUGCUGCUGGUCGCCAACCUGGUGCUCUACAACUACUACACCUCCACGGUUGUCAGCGGUCUGCUGAGUUCCCAGAUGAUAGGACCGGAGACGAUCCCGCAAGUGAUCGACAGCACGCUCAAGCUAUCCCUGACCGACACGGGUUAUCAUCGAAUACUACUCAGGGAGCAAACCCUUCCGUACAGUACCCACAUGCACGAUCGCAAAGCCAUACCUCCACGAUCUCCGGAUGAUCUGCCAUUGUUUACAGAUGUGGACCACGCCGUGCCAUUUCUGAGACGCGGUGGACACGUACUACACUGUGAGCUGACAGAAGUGUAUCCCGCGAUCGCUAAUCAGUUUACCGCAAACGAGAUAUGUGAACUUAGAACGGUCGAAGGAUUGUACAAGUACGACAUCCGCGUGAUGGCCUUCGUACUACCGAAGCAUAGUAUGUACGGGGAAAUGUUCAAGAUAACGUUGAUGCGGGCGCAGGAAACGGGCGUCGUAAAGCGGAUUUAUAGGAUCCACAAAAUAGCGAAACCAAUCUGCCAAGGAAGUGCAACGGUCUACUCGGUGGAGCUGUCAGAGGUUUUGCUGGCGUUUAUAAUAUUAGGAGGUUGUAAAAGCGGCGGCAACGGCCGUUUCAAAUGCCGUUCGGCAAGCGAUUCGCGGAUGAGGCUAAUGGUUUGA